AUGAAAACUUCCUGCGAUGAGAACGGAAGCCCAGGUGCUGUCCCCGCCGCGACAGCUCCCAGAGCGGGGGCCAGAGGGAAGCCAUGGACCGGGCCCGGGCCCCAGUCCUGCUGUCGGUGCUGCUGACGUUCUGCAUCACUGCUGGUGAGUUGGGGGCAAGGAGAGAAGCGGAAGACGUGGCGGUAGGGGGGAGGCCUGGCCCUGGGGCCCUGCUAUGUCUGUAUCCCGCAGGGACUCCCGAGGUGUGGGUGCAGGUUCAGAUGGAGGCUGCUGCGUCCCCGUCCUUCAGCGUCCGCUGCGGAUUCCUGGGCUCUGGCUCCAUCUCCCUGGUGACCGUGAGCUCGGGGGGGCCUGAUGGUGCCGGAGGGACUAGGCUGGCUGUUUUGCAUCCAGAAUUCGGCAUCCAGCAGUGGUCCCCGGCCCGCCGGGCCCAUUGGGAGACCAAAACCAGCAUCUCCCUCGCUGUGGAAGAAGGGUCUGAGGGGAGAAGCCCCGGUGCUAACACCACCUUCUGCUGCAAGUUUGUUUCCUUUCCUGAGGGCUCCCAGGAGGCCUGCGGGAGCCUCUUCCUCCGCACAGACCAAGGGCUCCCUGCCCCGACGCCAGCUCCCAUGCUGCGGGCUGACCUGGCCGGGAUCUUUGGGGUGUCGGGGGUCCUCCUCUUUGGCUGUGUCUACCUCCUCCACCUCCUGCAUCGGCAGAGGCACUGGUCUGUCAGCAAGGCCCAGCCGCCCCUCACCAGUCCCCAGCCACAGGCGCGAGCAAGGGCGGCCGGUCAAGCCCCCCUGGUCUCCCUGCGCGCGCCCUGCACCGCCGUCACCGCCAGCCGCUACUGCCCGGCCGCUCUGGACCUGGUGCUCCCACGCCAGCUGCUGGCCCGCUGGGCGCCCCUGCCCGCCUCGACUCGCAGCAGCUUCGUCUCCAUGGAGAACGGACUUUAUGCUCAGGCCGGAGAGAGGCCUUUCCAAGCUGGCCCCAACCUCGUCCCUUUCCCUGACUCUCUGGGGCACAGGGCCGCGGAGGGGCAUUUAGGAGUUCGAUGAGAGGGACCCCAAGCCCGCUUGGGCCUCCUCUCCUCUCCGACCUCUGGGACCCCCUUCUGGGGUCUGUGUCCCGGGGGCGUAUCGUCUUUGCACAUCUGGUUUUAGUCUCAGGCCUGCAGAAGUGUCUCCACACGCGCCCGGCCCAGGCCCCCGUGCUGCGGAUGUGGUCAGCGCGUGUGCACGUGUGGGUACGUGUGGGCACGUGUGUAUCUAUGUGAGGUGACAAAAUCCCAUCCCAGGUCGUUUCCUGUUUUCAAGUCCCCAGCCCUCACAGGUGAUGAGGAUAACUAAGUAAAAAAAAAAAGUGGUUUCUGAC